CUAUUGUUUCAGUUCACUAUUUUUCGCAGCACCCCAUUCCCAAAUUCCCCAAUCUGUGAGUGAGAGCUUCGGUUUAAACUUUGAUUUAUGAGCUCAAUUCCACACCGCAUUACAGGACAUGGGCGCUUCAGAGUCUACUUUCUCAAGCGGACAGACGCCAGAUGACAAAAUCACCACCGUAACCGAGCGAUCGGAAGCCUCUGACCCCAUUUUAGAGCGGCUCAAAUCUCUCAAACUCACACCGCCCAUAUUAACGUCUCCCCCAACAGAGGGUACCUUAACUGAUAUUUUAGUGAGGAAGCCUUCAUCGUCGGUUCCAGCUAUAGUGAAUCCCAAUGUCCUUCUGGAGCUCUUCUCAAUGUACCGUGAUUGGCAGGAGCAAAAGGCCCAAGAGAUAAGCAAAAGACAGGAGGAGAUAGAAAACAGAAUAGAAGUUGCAGAUGCUUUGGCAAUCAAACUUCUUCAGCGGUUUAAUUACUCAAUGUCCACAAUGAAGACUACUUCACAACAUCUAUCAGGAGUUCAUGCAUUGCAGGUGGAAAUAGGAGAGCUCAAAGGAAGGCUGACAGAAGUUAUCAGUAACUGCGAUGCAUUGUGCAAGAGAAUUGCAGCGGAGGGCCCUGAAUCUCUCCGUUCAUCUAUCAAACCUUUUGCAAUUGCUACGGCUGAUCAAGAAAUCGGCUUAAGUUCAUCUAGUUUGCAGACAGUGUCAAGAACAAGUCAACCUCCUGCAGAAGAAUAGUUAGAUUAACAGGUUUGGUUCGUGCUCAUAUUUUCAGAAGCCUGCUGCAUUCUUAUCUAAUUUAAGAUACUUGAGAGUCUGAAGAAAGGUUGGAUCACAUUCACAUGGUUGACUAAAUUUGUGUGGGCCAUAGUUUGGAUGGUGGGCAUGAAGCUUUUCAUUAAUUGAGAUCUAAGUCGUGGCAACCUUAGAGCAAUCCCCCCAUGUUACAAUGCUUGUAUACAAGGGAACUUUGAUGCCCAUCACCGACACGCACACAUUAAGCUUGGUUGCUAAUUGGAUUGAAAAAAUUGAAAAGAUAUCAUAACACGACACAUGAUUAGAUGUAAAGUGAUCAUUUUAUAUAAUCGUUGUCUUUUUUGGGUUGGGGUUUUCGAAAAGUUCAUAUUAUAGUUUUCGACAUUUCAGUUGCAGAAAAUUGUAAUUUCAGCAAAAAAUGCGCGCAUGGUCUUGUCAUUGUGCGACAUUUUGCUAAUUAUGUCUUUAACAAUGUAUGUUAAAGAAAUAAAGA